AUGAAUAUACUCCAGAUGGUGAAUUACAUAAAAAAGGCUAGACUGCCAGUAAUGUCACAACAACAAUUCCUGCCACAGGCAUACUUAACCAAUUUCCACAAUAGAAUACGUAACGAAGAUGUUCCUAUCUUUGUCACCGCGCAGCCUUCCAGGGGCCAUAAGCGUGCAAAAGUGGUCAAUUAUGCCGAGUUUGAUACAGAUAUUUUCGAUGAAUUUGCCAAUGUAGGUAUGGGAAUGGAUAUGGACUCCAGAAGUGGAUCUACGCAUCCUGCAAAUACUGCAGGAGAUGGGGGAGCAAAUGGACCUGAGGAUGAUAAAGUAGGUGGAGCUGACGGAGCUGUCGAUGCCAAUGGGAACCCAGUGAACGGUGGCAAUGGUAAUCAUGUGAAGGCCGAAGACGUUGGAUUGCCUGACAUACAGGAUCAGGAUGAUCAAUUGAGUAUUCUGAGGUACCCAAAGAUCAGAGAGACCUUCUUGCAGAGUAAGGUGGCUACACCAUAUAGACUAGAUAUCCCACCACCUCUUUCGAAGGACCAACAGGAACCUAUUAUUAUACCGAUCAGUUUGAACUUGGAACAUGGCGGUCAUACGAUUACUGACUUUUUCACUUGGAAUAUAAAUGACCAUUCAAUGACUCCAGAGGAGUUCGCCACAAUAUAUUGCAGAGACCUGGAUUUCCCCAAUUCUUCAGCGCUGCAUUCUCAGAUAAUCUCGACAAUCAACGAACAACUACAAGAAUACGAGACAGUGGCGGCUGUGGUGGUGCCCGAUCUACAAGUCAUUGUCAAUCUGACUUGUAGCCUGGAUAACAGGCUCUACGAAGAUAACUUCCAGUGGAACUUGAAUGACAAAAGCUUGUCGCCAGAGAUGUUUGCAGAGACAAUAGUACAGGAUCUAGGUCUAUCGAGGGAGUUCAUGCCCGCCAUAGCGCAUGCCCAUCACGAAUAUCUGCUGAGGGUCAAGAAAGAGUGGUUAGAAGGUCAUCUAAACCAGGAUCAUGUUCCUAACGGUGCUGCAUUCGGUUACCUCUCGGGUAUAAGGCUUGAUAUCGAUGAGUUGGGUGUUAAUUGGUGUCCAAAGGUAGAGGUACUCACUCAGGAAGAGAUACAGAAGCGUGAAAUUGAAAAGGAGAGAAGUCUGAGAAGAUUAAAGAGAGAAACAGAUAGGAUGAGUAGACGUGGUAGAAGAAGAGUUGAUGAUUUGGAGACAACGAUGAGGAUUUGA